GCGAGUGUGUGGUGGCCAUUGUUUUUUUCAUAAAUUUUAUUUUUUUAUAAAUUACUAAUUAAUAUUGUGCAAUCAUGUUGAAGAGGUGUGUUACGUUAGCAAUCCUGGGAUGUGCUAUGGCGAGACCACAGCAUCAGUACCAGACGCAGCCACAACAACAGGUCGAGGGCAUACCACCACAUCUAUUGAGACAGUACAUCGGGCAGCAAGGUCAAGUGCAAGCUCCCACACAAGUCAUCGCCAGACCCGUGCAAUCUCAGGCUCCAACGCGUCUUCCAUAUUCAGCACAAAGUGAAGGUCAAUACCAGCAACAAUAUCAACCACAACCUCAGCCCCAGCCACAAUACAGACCCCAGUAUCAGCCACAGAGGCAGCAGGAGUUGCGCGAACCACAAGAAGACUACGACCCUCAUCCUUCAUACCAGUUCGGCUUCGAUGUCAACGAUGACCAGUACACCAACUACCAGAACCGUAAAGAACAGCGCGACGGUGACGUCAUCAAGGGCUCGUACUCCGUGGUGGACAGCGAUGGCUUCGUGAGGACAGUCACGUACACCGCUGACCCUAAAGAGGGCUUUAGGGCUGAGGUUUCUCGGCAACCAACCGACAUCGUAGUCAAGAUCCCAACGCCAAAGCCACAAUUGCAAGCGCAGGUUGCGCAUGCGCAACCCCAAGUCGCCCACGUACCACGCCAACAACAGCAGCAAGCGCCACAGUAUUACCGUUACGAACAAUAGAUUAUAUUAAUAUAGCAAUAAUAAUGUCUACACAGUAAUAGAGUUAGAUCAAAAUCAACAAUUAAA